AGCAUCGAGGAAGCGGGUGAAAACAAGCGAUGCUCAAGCUGAAUGAAGGCUCGUGUCGCGUGCCUUUGUUGAUUGCCGCUGUUUCUCGAGAGGGGGAAGCGCGUGAGAUCGAUUCGUUCCCAGCUUUUCGUUCUCGGCUUUUCUUCCAAGAGAUACCUCCCAAGUCUUACGCGUUAGUCGCGUAAGACGUAACAGAACGUGCAUCUCCGCGAACAGGCGUCUCUUGCCUGUCACUCUCAAUUCUAAUAAUCGCGCCGGCGCGAUUAUUCGAGCGACGACGAUGUAGACAUCCUCGACCGCCGUUUGCGGGGAUGUCGACUUCGGCACGACCACUCGUGAAUAUCACGUCGACGACCACCGCAAACAUACGGAAUCUUAUCUUUCUUAGGAGAUGUCUUGCAGCGAUGGCGCGCGACCGACCCGUAAGUUCGGCACAAAGUCGCCGAAGAAGUUGUGCGUGACCAAGAGCGAGAACGGCGACAAAACGACGACGACCAUCAGCUGUAUCGGCCAUCGUCACAAUCAUCACUAUCAUCACGGGCAUCAUCGCUUCCUAGACGGCUCCUCGCAGCCCUCGGUACACAAGCGCAAUCUCUACAUUGUCUCCUUUCCCCUGAUACUACUGUUCAAUGUGCUGCGCACUCUGCUGUAUCAGUUGUUUGUAGUGUUCAAGUAUCUGUAUACCUCCACGUCUCAGCUGAUACAGCGUAGACAGACAUCCAAACAAGCUUGUCAAUUGGAGAUUGUUGUGGGACAAAAGCCAACAGAUGGGCGUUUGAUCAAUGGUAAUCGGAUAGAAGGCGAGGCCAUGUCGCAAGUACCUAGACGUCCUAUCGGGCCAGGACCCGGAGAUCCAUUGCUAGCUAAGCAAAAGCACCAUCAUCGCAGAGCCUUUGAAUUUAUUAGCAAAGCACUCAAAAUCGAUGAGGAUAAUGAGGGACAAAAGGAAAUGGCGAUAGAAUUGUACAAAAAGGGAAUUGGAGAAUUGGAGAAAGGAAUAGCUGUAGAAUGCACUGGUGGACACGGCGAAGUAUGGGAGCAUGCGCAAAGACUUCACGACAAGAUGUGUACGAAUCUGGCAAUGGCAAAAGACAGACUUGAUUUCCUUGUGAGUGUGCGUGAGCUGAGAAAGCUGGGUAUCAACAAUAAUAUCAACAAUCGCGCACCUGGAAAUAAAACGGACGGCGAACAUCCGGGAAAGCAUCUGAGGGCUCGCCGCAACACGCACACUUUUCAAAACGCUCGAUCUUCACCCAACAUUAAUCAUAAUAAGAACACAAACAAUAUACACACGACAAUUAACGCUGGACAGACUAUGUGUACCCAGAUUCCCAAGUUAAGGCCACGUUCACCAAAAAACUGUUUCGCUCAUACUAUUGAAGCAUCUGGUAGGAAACUAUCAGUCCCUGGUAAACGAAUAAUAGGAACACCCCUAAGUAAGAGCCAGACAUUGCCUCGAAGUAUGGGUAGAUCGAUGCCUAUUCAACCUUGCCACAGAACCAUGCCUAUCAAACCGUCCUCCACACCACCCUCUGUAAAAAGACAAUUGUCUGUACCGGGCAACGGUUCACCUAUAAGACGUCCAGGAACACCGACCACUUCGAACAGUAACAGGAGUACGCCAACGAGAAAAGUACCUAUUUUAAAAGGCGUAGAUCCAAAACUCGCGCAAGUGAUUCUCGAUGAGAUCUUGGAAGGAGGAGCAUCAGUGCAAUGGGAAGACAUUGCUGGCCAAGAGACCGCAAAGCAGGCUUUACAAGAGAUGGUAAUCCUACCAUCGCUAAGACCUGAGCUAUUUACCGGUCUGCGAACACCCGCGAGAGGAUUAUUAUUGUUUGGGCCACCGGGAAACGGAAAGACAUUGUUGGCACGCGCUGUUGCGACUCAAUGCAACGCAACAUUUUUUUCGAUUUCUGCAGCUAGUCUCACGUCAAAAUAUGUUGGAGAAGGUGAAAAAUUAGUGAGAGCUCUAUUUGCCAUUGCUCGGGAAUUUCAACCCUCUGUUAUUUUCAUCGAUGAAGUAGAUUCAUUAUUGAGCGAGCGUAAAGAUAACGAGCACGAAGCUUCGAGGAGGCUAAAAACAGAAUUCUUAGUCGAAUUUGACGGUUUGCCAUGCAAUCCGGAAGAAAGAGUACUCGUUAUGGCUGCUACAAAUAGACCGCAAGAAUUAGAUGAGGCUGCAUUAAGGCGAUUCACAAAACGCGUGUAUGUUACGUUACCUGAUUCACAGACGAGGAUUGUGUUACUCCGAAGACUCUUGGCCAAACACAAUGAUCCAUUAACGCUCGAAGAGUUGAAUGAGAUGGCAGUUUUGACGGAAGGAUACUCGGGAAGCGAUUUGACUGGACUAGCUAAAGACGCAGCACUUGGGCCUAUUAGAGAAUUGAAUCCAGAUCAGGUGAAAGAAUUGGAUCUUAAUUCCGUUCGUAAUAUCACAAUGCAAGAUUUCCGUGAUUCUCUAAAGAGAAUUCGUAGAUCCGUUUCACCGGCAAGUCUAGCUGCCUAUGAGAAAUGGAACUUUGAGUAUGGAGAUGUGAGUCUUUGAUUUGAAAUA